AGCGCGACAGCCAGGAUCGAUUUGCGGCUCUGUUUACCAGAAAUUAAGAGACGAAGGGCAAGGUGUUCAGAAGUGCUUGAUGGUUCGAAGUUUGACAAUGGCCAAUCCCUUAAGAAGUGAAGUUGUAAGACUUUAUAAAAAUUUGCUAUACCUUGGGAGAGAAUACCCUAAAGGAGCUGACUACUUCAAAGAUCGUCUCAAGAUGGCUUUCUUGAAAAACAAGUGUGUCACAGACCCUGAAAAGAUCAAGGAACUAAUAGGUCGUGGAGAGGAGGUGCACUGCAUGAAAUAUUUGCAGCAUACCAGUAACAACCUCAACAUCAGUUGUGAGUUACAGAAGUUAUAAUUUAUAUGGUUUGCAACCAGCCACUAUUGCUUUUGGUUUGCUGAGUGCCAACUUGUAAACCAAAAUCAUAAAAUAAAAUGCAAAUACUAUUAAAUUAGAACAAAUGUUUUUUUUGUUUGUUUUUUUUUUUUUUUUUUUAAUGAAAAUUAUAAGAGAAAGGGAUAGGUGUAGGGUUGGGCUUGUUUGUUACAUGAAAAUGUACAAGUAAUAGAAGCAAUAGUCCAAUAACUUAAGACUAUCUAAAUGCAUUUCAGGGUAUUCCACAUUACUGUAAAGGCUGAAAUGACAAUGUUUUCUAGGUUUCAUUUAAAAUAAACAAUGUCAUACUGUUGAAGAUUGUCUUCAGGGUAAUUAGGUGAAAAAUGAGCAUUGCAUGAUCACUGAACUAAAUAGACUUACUACUGUACGGUGCAUGUAUGAUGAUACCUUACUACAGGAAGCUGUGUGGUCCAGUGGUUAAAGAAAUUGGCUUGUAACCAGGAGGUACCUGGCUCAAAUCCUGGCUCAGCCA